GUCCAGGUAUAAAAGUGCGCGCAGAGGAAACCUGGUCAUUCAGAUUCACACGGAGCCUUCUCUGACCCCGUUCGACUUAGUAGGCCGAGCUCUCGCCUCCAAACUCUUUCCAUGGUUAACGCCGUCAAGGUCUUCAAAAAGACAGCCCCUAAUGGUAAGGUCACAGCGUACCUAAACCAGCGGGACUUCAUUGACCGCAUCAGCCACACGUCCCCUGUGAACGGUGUGGUUGUUGUGGACAAUGACUACCUGCGAGGAAGGAGGGUCUUCGCGCGCGUGGCGGUCACGUACCGCUAUGGGCGCGAAGAGGAUGAAGUCAUGGGACUCCAUUUCAGCAAGGAGAUGGUUCUCGUUAACACCCCAAUUGAAAUGAACAACUCAAAUGGGGAAGUCACUGAAGUCCAGGAGAGACUCCUCAAGAAGCUUGGUGCCAAUGCCCAUGCUUUCAGUGUUUCUCUACCUGAAAAUGCCCCCUGCUCUGUGAACUUGGACAAUGGAGAUGAGGCUUCUAGUCAGCCUCUUGGUGUGAUCUACGACCUGAAGCUGUACGUGGCUGAGAACAAAGAGGAGCGCCCCCACAAGCGUAAUUCCGUCAGCUUCGCGGUCCGAAAGGUCCAGUUUGCAUCCAUGGAGCCUAGCGCUCGCCAACCUUCUACCCUGGUGAGCAAGAGCUUUACUCUCUCUCCUGGGAAGCUUAACUUGGAAGUCAGCUUGGACCGCGACCUUUACCUUCAUGGUCAAUCAAUCACGGCUAAGCUUAGCAUCAACAAUGCUUCCAAGAAAACGGUGAAGAACGUCAAGUGUCAAGUGGUCCAACAUGUCGAGGUAACCAUGACGAACAACAUGUUCAGCCGUGUUGUGGCCAGCCUUGAGUCUCGUGAAGGAUGUCCAGUCACUCCUGGCGCUCAUUUCACUAAGAAUUUCUCCAUCACCCCUCUUGCCUCUUCUAACAAAAGACGAUAUGGAAUCGCCCUGGAUGGUCAGAUGAAGGACACAGAUGCUAAUUUGGCAUCCUCAACAUUGGUGGCAGCCGGUAAGAAUCCCAAUGACGCCUUGGGCAUAGUCGUGUCCUACUCUCUCCGUGUGAAACUGAAUUGUGGUGCCAUUGGUGGCGAACUGACAGCAGACCUUCCCUUCAAGCUGAUGCACCCAGAUCCCAGUGCCAGUAAGGCUGUACUCCGUAAGCUCCAAUCCACUGAUAUCGAAUUCGAGGAAUUUAGUCGCAUAAGGCGCGGACAAUCUGUUGCAGACGAGUAAGAAAAAACUCAAAAAGUAUCAAGAAAAAAUGGAAAAAAAAAUAAAAAAUAUUUCGAGCUUCAUCACCCAUUCUUGAGUUGAUUUGUUUCUCGUUUUUGCUAAGUUGUCCCCAAUUGGCCAUAUUCUCAUUUAUGUUUUAUUAGCUAUCUUUUGUGUUCAUGUCAUUAGUUUAUAGUUUUAUAUUUAUUUAUCUAAAAAACAUACUCCUUAAA